CAUGGAGUCUGUGCAGAGUGUGUUAGCGGACAGGAUCAUCCAGUAGCAUCUGUGUUUACAGGCACUGAGCCUCUGUUCGAACGGGACGAAGGCCCACCACCACAUUCACGGCUGUAUACAUGUCUGAGCACAACAUUUACUAAAGGAGGGAGAUGAGCCUGUGCGCAGCAGCACAACUCCUGGACCAGAUCAACCUCCAGGCACAAAUCAAGGAGUGAACAUCUCAGGAGGAGUCAGCAGGCUGCUGUGUGUUUAGGGCUGUGUAUGUUUAUGAAUGAGUGCUGAAACUGUUGGUGGUUGUAACGUGAUGCCAAGAUGCUGCUGUCCUUGGGAAUGCUCAUGCUGUCCGCCACACAGAUCUAUACCAUCUUCACUGUUCAGUUCUUCGCCUUCCUCAACCUGCUGCCUGUGGAGGCAGACAUUGCUGCUUACUCAUUUGAGAACAAAACAGAGAACUUUGAUGACCUGCCUGCACGAUUUGGCUACAGACUCCCAGGCGAUGGACUGAAGGGCUUCCUGAUUGGUGCUCGUCCAGAGAAUGCAUGUGAACCUAUUGAGCCUCCUCCGAGGGACAACCUGACGGGCGCUUUCAUCGUCCUCAUCAAACGUUUUGACUGCAACUUUGACAUCAAGGUGCUGAAUGCGCAGAAGGCUGGGUUCAAGGCUGCAGUCGUUCACAAUGUGGACUCCAACGACUUAAUCAGCAUGGGUUCCAAUGACUUGGAUAUUAUGAAGCAGAUCGAUAUCCCGUCUGUCUUUGUGAGUGAAGAGACGGCCAACUCUUUGAAAGAAGACUACACAUAUGAGAAGGGGGGUCAUGUGGUCCUCAUGCCAGACUUCAGCCUGCCACUAGAAUACUACCUGAUCCCCUUCCUCAUUAUUGUUGGAAUUUGCCUCAUCCUCAUUGUUGUGUUCAUGAUCACCAAAUUUGUCCAGGAUCGACACAAGGCCCGGAGGAGCCGCCUGCGCAAAGACCAACUGAAGAAGCUUCCCAUCCAUAAGUACAAGAAAGGGGACAGCUACGAUGUGUGUGCCAUCUGUCUGGACGAAUAUGAGGAAGGAGAUAAACUACGAGUGCUGCCGUGUUCACAUGCGUACCACAGUAAGUGUGUGGACCCCUGGUUGACCAAAACCAAGAAGACCUGCCCGGUGUGCAAGCAGAAGGUCGUCCCCUCACAAGGAGACUCCGACUCCGACUCUGAGGAGGGCGACAGCGUCCCCGAUGACAACGAGGAGGUGUCCGAGAGCACGCCGCUGCUGCGCUCCCUGGCCUCCACCAGCGCCCACUCCUUCGGGACCAUGUCGGGGGCGUCCCGGUCCGAGCAGGACCCGGAGUCCUCCGAGUACGACGAAGACCUGGACAGCAGCGACAGUGAGGAAGAGGUCACCGUGGAGACGGUGGUGGUCCAGAUGCAGCAGCCACGCCCCGACGACCACGACCCGCCCCGAGUCUGAGCGGACACGUGACUGUCUGCUGGCCCGAUGGUCAUUAAGCUCCGCCCCAACGCCGGCCUCACAGCAAGAGACUUUUGCCAUGGGUGUGAGAUCAGUCCAUCAUGUCUCACAGCUUCAAACACAUUUUCCAGACGUUCAGUCAAAUUUAAACGGUUUAAAAUGUUCAUAUGAUGAAGCGCUGAUUUGUACGAAACAGGAAGUGAGUGUGGAACCGUAGAGACACGUAGGUCCAUUUGGCUGUUGUACCGACGUCCAAUCACAAAGUCACAUGAUACAUGAGGAACCCUUCAGGGUCCAGGACACAGACUCACAUGUACAGAGGAAGUCCAGACCACCUCCAUCCCAGUCUGAGAAUGUGGUCCAGGUCUGGGUCUGAUGAUGGUAGAGGGUCCUGGUUGUACAUAUAUGUUUAUUCUGCUUUAACACACACUCUACAGCUAUGCAGCAUCUGUAGAAAACAUGUACACACACUUUAAAAACACAUCUGCCAAGUUUUCUGAUCCUGAUCCUGAUCCAGAUCCUGAUCCAGAUCCUGAUCCAGAUCCUGAUCCAUGGGAGCUUCACUUGUUCAUGUCAUAAAAUGAUUCACAUUAAAUCAAACUGAAGCCAAAUCAGUUUGAGUGACAUCACACUGUUGUGGUUCCACUGGUCCACAUGUACUAAGGUUCUGUUCCAGACCCAUCCUGUAAUGGAACUCCACUGACGGCUGAUGGGCCUUAAAACACACGUGUGAACUGUUCAGAUAAACCCCGCCCCCUUCUGUACGUCACAUGGCUUGACUUCUGUUUCAUCCUGUUGCCUUGUUUGUGUUUUGUCUUUUUGUUCUAAUGUCAGUUCUCAAUAUUCACCCAAAUAAAGUUACACUGACAA